GGGGGAACCGCCCCUUCCCUUUCACCCGCUCCCCGCCGCCCUAACGCAGGGGCGAGCCCGCUGGCGUGGAAGAGGGGGAAGGAGAGUUAAUUGCCGUUGCACAACCCGCCCGCGUCGUCGCUCCCCGGGCAAGGCUCAGCUCGGCUGCCUGUGGCCUACCUGCUGGCGGCGAGCUGUCGGGCGGUUCCCGCCCCCUCCCGGCAUUCCCCGCGCCUGCUUGCCUGGCCUGUGCUCCGCUCCGCUCGGCUGGGCUCCGCGGCUGCGCUCCCACUAUGGCCGCCUACAGCAAGUACCUCACCGUGCGCCACUCCGCCAUUGCCGGGGCCGCUGCCGCCGCCUGCGCGCUUCUCUGCCUGCUCAACAAGCGGCGGGCGGCAGCCCAGUAUGGUAAAAGAAGUGGAAAACAAACAUUGCAGAACAAUGAGCAGAAGGAGGGAAAGAAGGAGCGAGCAAUGGUGGACAGAGUGUUUAUUUCAAGAAUAUGUCGAAUCCUGAAAAUAAUGGUCCCUAGAACACUUUGUAAAGAGACAGGUUAUUUGCUGCUCAUAGCUGUGAUGCUGGUAGUCCGCACAUACUGCGAUAUCUGGAUGAUUCAGAAUGGAACAGUGAUUGAAAGUGCAAUCAUUGGCCGCAGCAGGAAAGAUUUCAAGAAAUACCUGUUCAACUUUAUCGCUGCCAUGCCUGCUAUCUCGUUAGUGAAUAAUUUCUUGAAGUAUGGUCUAAAUGAAUUGAAACUUUGCUUCCGAGUAAGACUUACCAGAUACCUCUAUGAAGAAUACCUUAAAGCUUAUACAUACUACAAAAUGGGCAAUCUGGACAACAGGAUAGCUAAUCCAGAUCAACUCCUUACACAGGAUGUAGAAAAGUUCUGUAACAGUGUAGUGGACCUGUAUUCAAACCUUAGCAAGCCCUUUUUGGAUAUUGUUUUGUAUAUCUUCAAGCUAACCAGUGCAAUAGGAGCACAGGGCCCAGCUAGCAUGAUGGCAUACCUGAUUAUUUCAGGGUUUUUCCUUACCCGUUUAAGGAGACCAAUUGGCAAGAUGACCAUUAUAGAGCAGAAAUACGAAGGGGAGUACAGAUAUGUCAACUCACGACUGAUCACGAACAGUGAAGAAAUUGCUUUUUACAAUGGAAACUUGAGAGAAAAGCAGACUAUUCACAAGACCUUCCGUAAACUGGUGGAACAUUUGCACAACUUCAUUUUGUUUCGGUUCUCAAUGGGUUUCAUUGAUACGAUCAUUGCCAAAUACCUUGCCACCGUGGUUGGUUACCUGGUUGUUAGUCGACCAUUUUUGAACCUGGAUGAUCCUCGUCAUCAGAAUAGUACUCAUGCAGAACUUCUGGAGGAUUACUAUCAAAGUGGGAGAAUGCUACUGAGAAUGUCUCAAGCUCUGGGCAGAAUAGUCCUCGCCGGCCGUGAAAUGACAAGAUUGGCUGGUUUCACAGCUCGCAUUACAGAAUUAAUGCAGGUUCUGAAGGACUUGAAUAGUGGCAAAUACCAGCGUACUAUGAUAUCACAAGAAAAAGAUGUAGAUAAAAAGCAAGUUUUGCCUUUGAUACCUGGAUCUGGAGAAAUUAUCAACAUGGAUAACCUUAUCAAGUUCGACCAUGUUCCACUGGUGACACCAAAUGGAGAUGUUUUGAUUCAAGACCUUAACUUUGAGGUUCGCUCUGGUGCAAAUGUUUUGAUUUGUGGGCCAAAUGGCUGUGGCAAGAGCUCACUUUUCCGUGUUCUUGGUGAGUUGUGGCCUUUGUUUGGUGGGCGUUUAACAAAACCUGUAAGAGGAAAGUUGUUCUACGUUCCUCAGAGACCAUAUAUGACUCUUGGAACACUCAGAGAUCAAGUUAUAUAUCCAGAUACUUUAGAAGAUCAGAGAAAGAAAGGUAUUUCUGACCAGGUGCUGAAGGAGUACUUGGAUAACGUCCAGCUGGGUCAGAUAUUGGAACGGGAAGGAGGCUGGGAUAGUGUUCAGGACUGGAUGGAUGUACUCAGCGGGGGAGAAAAACAGAGAAUGGCAAUGGCAAGGUUAUUCUAUCACAAACCCCAGUUUGCCAUUCUUGAUGAGUGCACCAGUGCCGUCAGUGUGGAUGUUGAGGGCUACAUUUACAGCCACUGCCGAAAGGUUGGCAUCACUCUCUUCACUGUCUCCCACAGAAAGUCCCUCUGGAAGCACCAUGACUAUUACUUGCAUAUGGAUGGCAGAGGAAACUAUGAGUUCAAGAAAAUAACUGAAGACACAGUGGAAUUUGGAUCUUGAAGUCAGGAACUGCACUACUACAGAGACUGCUGAUGACAGGAAGUGUGUGGAAUGGCAGACAUCAUACAGUAAAACUACUCGGCUUGUUUUUUAAACAAAUUAACUAGGAUAACUCAGAACAGGCUCUUAAGCAUUUACUAUUAUGUAGGAUAUUGCUAAUUGUGUAUAUGUUGGUUUAAUUAUUGAUACAUACUAAGAAUGUCCUUAUUCUUGUGGUUUAAAAACCUGCCUAAAUUAAAUUGGGCUUAAAUCGAUGUAACCUGAUUCAUCCUGGGAUGCAAACCAUUUGAAAUCAGCUGAUUUGACUUUUGUAGACCUUCUUUCCCUUCAGUGAAAAGCCCUGUUAAAAUUAGGGUUCCUACCUCUCUUGCUCCUGCAAAGCAGUCUUGGAUUUUUCCUUUGUUCUAUGCAUAUUUCUGAGUUCUCUCACGUGGUACAGGAUGUUCUCCCGUUUUCAGAUCUGUGCCCUGCUCAGUGAAAGAUCCUUUUCCUUGACUAAGCCUUCAGCUGUGGCCAAUACACCCUUGCUGUUAAAGGAGGGACUGGACCUAGCAGAUAACACUAACUUAUCCUACUAAAAGAAUUAAGCUUGUUCUUUGAGUUUUCAUUUCUCUUUAACAUCUGUCAGUCUAUGUAAUUGUCUCUGCUACUCAGCAAUCCCAUUCUCUUCCCAGUCAGCAAGAGUUUCCCACAUCCCAGCUGCCCUUUUUCUGUCAGAGGAAUACUGUGGUACUGAAGAGUUGCGAAGAGGCUGAGGGAGGGAAGGACUGACCAAAAAAAAUGGGGGAGGAAAGAAAAAUGUUUCUUGUACCAAACCAUCCUGUGUGUGGUUUCAGUUCUGAGGAAAUGAAACAGAAAAUGUGGAUGAGAUCAUUCUUGAAAUCAGUAGAGGUUGGAAUGAACUAUGAAACAUUAACCUAUGAAGCAGCACACUGUUUGUCCCCUGCCUGUUCAGUCCUGUGACACAGCACUUGUUUGGUCCAAGGUGCUCUUUUUCUCCCUCUUCAAAAACCCAGAUCUCCUCAUGGUUUUAGUUGCCAUUAUUACUUCUGAUUGAAAGAAGGGAUUUUGUGCUUGCUCUUCCAGGCUGUAAAGCCUGAAAUUAUGUUUUUAAUCUUCACCUUUAUUCUUUUAUUCUUCAUGAGGUUUCUUGAUUUCUGACAGAAAUUAUUUCCCGCUGAUUCUCACUGUUUAAGGAUCUCUGGUCCCUGCUGGGUUUCUUCUUCUGGCUGCCAAAUCUUGAAACAAAAUUCUUUAGUUUACUGUAACUGGGUGAUUACUGUGGUUGCUGUCUGACUUUCACAAGCGUCAAUGCAGCAAGGUGAUUUUUGUGAUCAGGGAAUAGGAAGCCAGAACUUAACUGAAUCACUGUUUAGGUUUGGAAACAAAAAUUUACAGUGCAGUGAAGGUCUAGUAGUUUUUUAGUGUUCCAUUCAGGAUACAAUAGAGGAAUGCGCUACAUGAAGGCAUGCAUAGGAUAUGCAGUGAAUCUGCUCUUUGUGCAUCUUUUAUCAAGGGUUCAGAUUAAAAGCAAUCCACCUUUUUUAUAAAAUGGAUGUGGACUUGGUUGCACUGCUCUCUGUUCAUUGUCACCCAGUUUGAUUGUCAUCAGCAUUCACCUGGAAAUUGCUGCCUGUUUAUGUUUUUCCUUUUAUUCUGGCCCAUACCUGCCUCUUGUACUAUUGUGUCAUAGUACUCAAAGGCAAGCAGCUAUCUUGGUAUGAAAAUCUUGUGACCAUGGUACAUUCACAGUAUCAUGCGUCAAUGGACAUCAAAAAAAAGCCUCUGUGAAGCACAGCAUACUCAAGAGAACAAGGGACCUGAGUACAUUGUACUUGAGCCACAGGAAGGCAAAUGGGCACCUUGUUUUACAAGGGUUUUUUUUGCUAUUCACUCAGAUUCUUAACAUCAGCCCUGCGGUUGACAGGUGAGCUGGUAGUCCUCUUUUAAAUAACUGUGACCAGAAGCAUGUCAAGACAGUUUUUUGUGGGUUUGGCUUGGAUAUUUUGGUUUUUUUAAAGUUCUAGCACAAAUGCAACUUCCACUGGAAGCGAUGUUUUGGUAGGCUUUUAGAGAGGCAAGGAAAAAACAACCUCUAAAAUGAGAAAGUUGCUCUUAUUCUUGUGACUAGGGCAGACUUUGCAGUGGAGUAGUGAACCUGAGACAUGUGAAAGUUUUUUUAACACUGACAAGCAAAGCCACAUGCAGUGCACUUAUAUAGCACCCCAGCAGUUGGUCCCAAGGUACUUUACAGUUCAACUGGUUGAUAACAGUUUUGCAUAAUCUUGGAUUGAUUUCAAAAACUAAAACCAAACCAAAAUAUAAAACCCAUCUCCAUCAUUGAGGAGGAGCAGGCUUGCCUUCAGAUGCCAGGAAUUCAUUGAAACUGAGGAUGCUGGUAGCUCGUUAGAGACAGGACUUAGAGCUUCUAAAAAUACUAGAAGGAAAGAAAAAUAUUCUUCUGCACUUGACUGUAAGAGGGACUUACAGGAAAGGUAUGAAACAGCACAGUGAUUUAGAAAGAUCUUAAAAGGCCUUACAUUAAAGUACUUUGAGGUAGACUUGGCCUAACGAAAGAUUGUCAGUCUGAUGAGAAGUGUCCAAGUCUCAGGUCUGUUGCAGAAUUGCACUAUGAUGCUGUAUUUUAGUUCCUAGGUCUUUGUAAUAGCACAGGUUGGAGGUUCUUAAGUUGGGAUUCUUAGUGAGACAGAGUACUGGUGGAUAUUUUCAGUCUCAGACUGUAGGUGCUUUAAAGAUGGUACUGGUAAUAGUCAGCUGGCUGUAUUUCAGCAGUGAUGGGAAACAUUCCUGUGUGUACAUACUGUAAAGUGCUUUGGAGGGGGAAAUGGCGCUAUAUAAAUGUAAGACAUUAAGUGCCUCUGAAAUAAUAAAUCUAAAGAGAAAACAAA